AUCUUCCAUCCAAUGCCGUUCAUACUGUUUGUCGGGCUAUCUAAACACGGGUUCGGAUGCUUCGCGCUCCAGCCGGUUCCUGCUGGUACGAAGAUAGCGACAGGGGAAGACGAAAACAAGGUAAAGUCCGAGCUUGAAGAGCUGGUGAGCAGCGGAUGGCAGCUCGACAAGAAUGAAGUACAAGUAGCGAAGACAUAUCAUCUGGCUAGUUAUCGCAAUGUGAAAUUCUUAUCACUCGAGAUCAUGUCGCGAAGUCAAGUUAGGAACCAUCAUCCGGUGCUGACCACUACCGUACAUUGGACGACCCAUAAUCCUCCCGGCCUCACUGAGAAGGAUACAUACAUGGCUAAAUACUGUGAUGAUGCGGCGGAGACAAUAGGCACGGUGGAUCCGGAAGAGUCAAAGAAAUGCGGCUCUACGAAGUCGCAAAUCUAAGCGAAUGAACAGUUAUGCUCUCUUUAUGACUUUCAAAUUCUAAAAUUCAACAUAAUGGGGCGGUUUUUGAAGAUAUAGGCCGUUUACGCCAGCUCACAGGAAUGGUCUAAGGCUGUGAUAGAGCCUCCAACAAGGUUACCAUCUAACUUGGAAGACUGCGGCGAUGUCCUGUUCAGCCUCUGAUGGCAAGGCAUGUGAUGACCGUAUUCUGAGUAGCAUGCCGGGUGCUCAGAAUAGGCAUUCUGAUCAAGGCACCUUGGCAGAACUAUAUAGGCUCCUUACACCCGACACUUAGUUGUCAAUUUGAUCAUUGAUACUCACUGUGACGCCUGCUCGACCUUGUUGAAGCGCCUCAAGCACAUACUCUAGGGAUAAGCUGCUCCUGCUCUUCGAAGCAUAAAGGUUUAUUACAUAGCCCUUGCUUUAUUAAAUUUAUACUACUUUUCAU